AUCACGGUGACAUCUGACAUCUCGGUGCCACCCCGGCCAUGCUGCGCGGUGCGCGGGCGGUGGCCCUGUUCCUGUCCCCUGUCCCGUGUCCCCGGCGCCGCUGCCACCGUCCGUGUCCCCCCCCGCGGGACCUGGCUGUCCCCAACCCCGGCUGGAGCGAGCGCAUGAGGGAGCGGCACCGGGAGCUGCUGCAGCAGGCGCGGGACGAGGGCUGGACACGCGUGCCGAGCUACCGGAGAUUCCACCCGCAGAUGCUGGGGCUGCCCGGUGACGGUGACAGGGACAGGGACACGCGGCAGUUCCCGAGGGCCAUCGAGGGGGACGGGGACGGCUUCGAGUUCGUCACGUUCCUGAGUGUCCCCAAGGGCCGCCUGCGCUGCCUGUGCCAGCUGGGGCCCUUCCUGGAGGGACACCCGGGGCUGGCGCACGGCGGUGCCAUCGCCACCCUCAUUGACACCUCGCUGGGGACGCUGGCGCUGGCGGUGGCCGGGCGGGUGGUGACGGCCAACCUGAGCAUCGACUACCUGGAGCCUGUCCCCCUGCUCUCGGUGCUCCUGCUCGAGGCGUUCCUGCAGCGCCACCAGGGCCGGAAGCUCUUCCUGAGCUGUGACCUGUGGGACGCUGAGGGGACAACGCUGCACGCCAAGGCCACCGGGCUCUUCAUCCAGCAGGACCCGCCCAAGGAGCCACCACGGGGAGGGGACAGUGGCCGGUGACUGUCACCCGUGUCACCUGUGCCACCUCCUGUGCCACCUGUGUCACCCUCGGUGCCCUCCCUGUCCCCCAGUGCCACCCUGGCUCUCCUUCAGCCACCCCUGGGUGUCCCCAAAUGUCCCCCCCUCCAUGUCCCCACGUGUCCCCGUGCCCAUCACGGCCGCUGCCACCACCC